AUGCAGCAAACCUUCCAUUCGGCAUUUCACCCGGCCGAAGAUGAUGAUUAUCUACUUGAUGUCGAGGAUGUAGCCCCAUCGGUCAUUGCAAAAUUGAAAGAGAAACACCUUACAAUGAAAAGUAUUAAAUCAAUGAAACUUUCCGAGUUGUCCAGUUAUAUCGGAGAGCCCAUGGACACAUGCAGCAAAAUUAUGAAAUAUGUGAAAGGAGAUACUUCUUUGAUCAGAAAUAAAUUAUUGUUGCAAAACAAGAAGGCAACGCAAGAUUUGGGAGGAGGAAACAAUACGACGACGUUGUCGUCAUCAUCUUCGGGAUUACUCUCACAACAUUUAUCAACGUUAGCUUUGCUAGAACGAGAAUGUGAUCCGACAAGGUGUAUCAAAACUUUUUGCAAAGAUCUGGAUGAUGCGUUAGGAGGAUAUGGUGUUAGAACUGGUGUCAUAACUGAUAUUUGUGGAGUACCAGGAAUUGGUAAAACUCAAAUAGCAAUUCAACUCGCAGUCGAUGUUCAGAUGCCAGCAAUAUUUGGUGGUAUUGGUGGUGAAUGUCUCUAUAUUGACACUGAAGGAAGUUUUACCAUUGAGAGGACAAAAGAAAUUGCUGAAAGUUUUGUAAGUCACUUGCAUGGAAUUGCAUCCAAACAAGGAGACAAAGACAUUACGAAAAAAGAUGCCAUGAUGGAAGCUCUGAAAGAUUUUAACGUGGAAAAGAUAUUAGGAGGUAUUUAUUAUUACCGAGCUGUGACAUUGAGUGAAUUUGUUGGUUUGAUACUUGUUCUACCAGAAAUUCUUAAAUGGAGAAACAAAAUUAAGCUGGUUGUCAUUGAUAGUAUUGCUUUCCAUUUGAGAAAAUCAAGCAGUGAUGACACCAUGAAAGAUGAAGUUAAGAAAUCCAUAGGACCAUCCUUGAGCUCUCUCGCUAAAGAUUUUGACUUGGCCGUUGUAACAACAAACCAAGUAACAACUAAGUUUGUGAAGAAAGAUGAUUCCUCAAGAAAUGUACAUUAUUUUGCUCCCUCCCUCAAUCAUUUAUGGAUUAAUCAUGUAACCUGCAGCAUUUUCUUAGAGUUUGUCAAUUCUAACCGAGUAGCUCGAAUUGUGAAGGGACCUUCUGGGAAAGAACGAACCAUACCUUUCAGGAUUACCAAAGCUGGCUUUAGAGGAGUUCUACCUACGUCUGCCCAAAAAUCUCUCAUAGCUGUCGAAACAGAAACUCACACUCUUACAACUGAAUACAACGAGCCUGAAGAUGCAAGCAACCUUAAAAGAAAGAGAAAAUAA